AUGUUUAUUGAUAGAAAUACAUUCACUGUUCAACAAAUAUUCGAUCAAUUGGCUUCAGCUCCUAGCAUAACACUUCCAUCAACUGAUCGAGGUGCUUAUGCAAAUAUGUAUGGUGUUUAUACAAGUAGUACUAAUGGAAGUUUAUCAUUUGUUACUUAUACUGGUAUACAAAAUAGUCAUAUUCAAUUUCAGACUGAGAUUUCUGGUGUUUAUCCAGCACUUAACAAUGGACUUGGAUCUAUUCAAUAUUAUAACAACUCAGCCACUAUUUACAAAAAUAUUGGUACAUCAUUUCAACCACAACUUGUGCCAAUACUUAAUUUUUCAUCAUUAUCGACACCUUAUACAUUUGCCAUAACAUCACAAUACAUAUAUAUAGCUUAUGCAAGUAGUCAUACAAUUAUGACUAUUCAUGAUUUAUCAACAGGAUCUUUGUUAUUCAGUACAUCAUAUCCUACUACUCUAAGUAAUCGACCAGCUGUAGGUUAUUGGAAUGAUACAAUUAUUGUUCUUGAUCAAUAUGUAGCUAUGGAAUAUACUUUAAAUGGUACUUAUAAAGGAAAUUUGACUUAUUUUAAUGGUACACAAGCAGGAGCUCGUCAUUAUAUUCAUUAUGAUUAUGCAGGACGACGAUAUACAUGCAAUGGUAGUGGAUCAUUUUCUGGUAUUUAUACAUUUUUACUUAAUGGAACACAACUUGCUCAUGGACCAGCAACAUGUUAUAGAGCUUUUCAAGUUUAUAUCACUAAAGACCAAGCAAUUCUUAUCAACAUUCCGAAUAUAGCAACCAUGAAAGUUAUUAACUUUAACUAA